AUGGCGAGGGAUAAUGGCGACGGGCUGGCGGCGAUUGCCGGGCGGAUCGGCGUGCUCGGGUCCGUCGUGCUGAACAUCGUGGCGCUGGCGAUCUACCUCCGUGGCCGCGCCGCCGCCGAGAAGCAGGCCAGCAAGAAGGUGAAGAAGGCGGCGGCUGUGGCGCCGUCGUCUGGCAAGCCUCCCGUCGCGUGUGACUCGGUCAUCAAUUUGGACCACGGUGAUCCAACGAUGUUUGAGACGUUUUGGCGCGGACCGAUUGGCGAAAGCGCUACGCUGGUGAUUCCAGGGUAUCAGACGAUGAGUUACUUCUCUGACGUCGGCAACCUUUGCUGGUUCCUCGAGCCAGGCUUCGAGCGUGAGGUGCGCCGCCUCCACCGCCUCGUCGGCAAUGCCGCCAUCGAGGGCUACCACGUCCUCGUCGGCACCGGAUCGUCUCAGCUCUUCCAGGCCGCACUCUACGCGCUCGCCCCGCCCACUGCCGACGCGCCCGUCAGCGUCGUAUCAACUACCCCUUUCUACUCUAUGUACCCGCCCUUGACGGACUUCCUCAACUCACGGCUCUACCGAUGGGCCGGCGACGCCAACGCAUUUGACGGCGACGACUACAUUGAGGUCAUCUGCUCACCGAGCAACCCCGACGGCAGCAUCCGCGAGGCCGUCCUCAAGUCCAAGUCCGGCAAGGACAUACACGACCUGGCUUACUACUGGCCGCAGUACACUCCCAUCACCCGCAUGCUCGCGCAUGACAUCAUGCUCUUCACCGUGUCAAAGUGUACGGGCCACGCCGGCACGAGGAUAGGGUGGGCCUUGGUGAAGGACAAGGAGGUGGCACAGAAGAUGAGCAAGUUCAUGGAGCAAAGCACCAUAGGCGUGUCCAAGGACGCGCAGCUACGCGCCGCCAAGGUACUCGGGGCGGUCACAGACGGCUACGAGCACCAGCUUGCCACCGCUGCCGGUGGGGACGCGAACCUCCUCUUCCAUUACGCGCGGCAGAAGAUGGCACAGCGCUGGCGUGCACUCCGUGCUGCCGUAGCAGCCUCCGGCAUCUUCAGCCUCCCCGACGAGGUGGCCGGCUUCUGCGCCUUCACCAAGGACACCGUCACCUCUAAUCCUGCAUUCGCAUGGCUGCGCUGUCAGAAGCAAGAAGUGGAAGACCUAGAGAGCUUCUUGCGUGCGAACAAGAUCAUAACCCGCAGCGGGACUAAGUUCGGAGCUGAUCAAAAGGUGGUCAGGAUCAGUAUGGUCGACACUGAUGAAGCAUUCGGCAUAUUCGUCAAUCGCCUUGCUGCCAUAAAAUGA